GUGAAAACCCUCAAAAACUGUAGACUUUCAUCUUCUCAAUUCUCUUACAAAUUCGGAAAUUCCCUUCUCAGGCCAACAUUACAUAUAUUUUGGAAGAGAUAGUGAAUCCCUCCCAUGGCGUCAGCCCUGUUUUUGGGAACCCCCCAAAUCUUGCUUUCCCCUCCGACUCCCAAAACAAGAAGAAAGCUGCAAGUUCCUCAAGCAAUCCUCAACAGGAAACCGAAUUCAGAGAAACCUUUGAAAUCCUUACAAUCUCAGGCCGCCUUAGCAGCGUUGCUCUUAGCUUCUCCUCUAACCCCAGAAGCCCUAGCCGUUGACAACUCUCCGCCGACCCCGCCGCCUGUAUUCCAAGCGCAACCGACCAACCCUACCCAAAGUUCCUCACCCUUUUCUCAAAACGUCCUCUUGACUGCCCCAAAACCCCAGUCCCAGUCUUCUGAUCUUCCCGAAGGCAGUCAAUGGCGAUACAGUGAGUUUUUGAAUGCGGUUAAGAAGGGGAAGGUGGAACGAGUGAGGUUUAGCAAAGAUGGGUCUGCCAUCCAGCUAACCGCAGUGGACGGCCGCCGUGCCACCGUGAUUGUUCCUAAUGACCCCGACCUUAUAGACAUCUUGGCCAUGAAUGGCGUUGAUAUUUCUGUCUCGGAAGGCGAUUCUGGUAAUGGGCUUUUCAAUAUUCUAGGGAAUUUGCUCUUUCCGCUUCUUGCUUUUUCUGGAUUGUUCUUCCUCUUACGUCGGGCUCAAGGUGGUUCUGGUGGUCCGGGUGGACUUGGCGGACCAAUGGAUUUUGGAAGAUCAAAAUCCAAGUUUCAGGAAGUGCCAGAGACUGGGGUUACAUUUGGUGAUGUUGCUGGAGCUGACCAGGCAAAACUGGAAUUGCAAGAAGUUGUUGAUUUCUUGAAGAACCCAGAUAAGUACACAGCUUUGGGAGCUAAGAUUCCGAAAGGGUGUCUAUUGGUUGGUCCUCCUGGUACUGGAAAGACGCUGUUGGCAAGAGCAGUAGCAGGAGAAGCAGGGGUUCCAUUCUUCUCCUGCGCAGCAUCAGAGUUUGUGGAAUUGUUUGUGGGAGUAGGUGCCUCAAGAGUGAGGGAUUUGUUUGAGAAGGCGAAAUCCAAGGCUCCAUGCAUUGUUUUCAUUGAUGAGAUAGAUGCUGUGGGGAGGCAGAGGGGAGCUGGUCUUGGAGGAGGGAAUGAUGAGAGAGAGCAGACCAUCAAUCAGUUAUUGACAGAGAUGGAUGGAUUUUCAGGGAAUUCAGGUGUUAUUGUCUUGGCUGCUACUAAUAGGCCGGAUGUUCUUGAUUCAGCUUUGUUGAGGCCUGGAAGGUUUGAUAGACAGGUGACGGUGGAUAGGCCAGAUGUUGCUGGUAGAGUCAAGAUCCUUCAGGUGCACUCUAGAGGAAAGGCACUUGCAAAGGAUGUUGACUUUGAUAAGAUUGCUAGGAGAACGCCCGGUUUUACUGGAGCUGAUUUGCAGAACCUAAUGAAUGAAGCAGCCAUUCUUGCAGCCAGACGUGAUCUCAAGGAAAUAAGCAAAGAUGAGAUUUCUGAUGCUUUAGAGAGGAUCAUUGCUGGGCCGGAGAAGAAAAAUGCUGUUGUCUCAGAUGAGAAGAAGAAAUUGGUUGCGUACCAUGAGGCUGGCCAUGCAUUAGUUGGUGCUCUUAUGCCUGAAUAUGAUCCUGUAGCCAAGAUAUCUAUAAUUCCACGUGGCCAAGCUGGUGGUCUCACCUUUUUUGCACCGAGUGAAGAGAGGCUUGAAUCUGGAUUGUACAGCAGAAGCUACUUAGAGAAUCAAAUGGCUGUUGCACUUGGUGGAAGGGUUGCUGAAGAAGUUAUUUUUGGCCCGGAAAAUGUUACAACAGGAGCAUCUAAUGACUUCAUGCAAGUCUCACGGGUGGCAAGACAGAUGGUUGAGAGAUUUGGGUUCAGCAAAAAAAUCGGACAAGUUGCCAUUGGUGGACCUGGUGGAAAUCCCUUCCUUGGGCAGCAGAUGUCAUCGCAAAAGGACUACUCAAUGGCAACUGCUGAUGUAGUGGAUUCAGAGGUAAGAGAAUUAGUAGAGAAGGCAUAUUCAAGGGCCAAGCAGAUCAUCACAACCCACAUCGACAUUCUGCACAAGCUUGCUCAACUCCUCAUAGAGAAAGAAACUGUUGAUGGAGAAGAGUUUAUGAGCCUCUUCAUUGAUGGAAAAGCUGAGUUAUAUGUUGCCUGAUUGAUAGUGUUUUCUCCUGUUGUAUCAUAUAAAGUUUUUAUAUACACAUAAAGCCAAUUUAUCAUUUCAUUUUAGGCAUAUGAGGGAAUGAAUGUACAAGGAAUAUAGCUCAGAAUCUGAUUUGCAUAAUUGGUGACGAGGAAAUGGUUCCAUUUUGAGUUAUAUAUUCAAUUCUUUAAGAUAACCGUAAUAUAAAAAAAAAAAAAAA